UUAAAUUCUUUUGUUGAUUACUUUUGUCCGGGAAUCGUAGCAACCAGUCCAGUUCAGUUAGUCUUAGUCUUCAAAGCUUCAUUGCACUUUCAGCAACAAGUGGAUUCAUGCCAUGUAUAUAAACAUUAUGCUGUUAGCAUAAGCAUCAUUUACCAAUACAUAAUUUCAGGGAUGGAAAAUCUUACGGUACGAAUCGUUUGGUCAGUACGAAAAUCGAAUCGUUCUGGCUCUAUAAUAGAACCAGUAGAAAAUUUAAUAUAG